AUGCAGAAGGGGCAGCGAGAUGCGUGGGUGACGCGGAAGCAGGUGCGGCGGUGGGAGGGGAGGCGGCAAUGCGAAAUCGUGGCGGCGGGGGGGGGGGGGGGGGGGGGGGGGGGGGGGGGGGGGGGUGGGGGGGGGGGGGGGGGGGGGGGGUGUGGGGGCGGGGAGGUGACGACGAGCAAGUCGCGGCGGCGGAAUGCGCAGGCGGCGAUGUUAGGUCGCGGCGGCGGGACGGGCAGGGGGCGACGAGCUGUCGCGGCGGCGGGACGGGCAGACGGCGCCGAAGCAGGCGCGGCGGCGGGAAGGCGGCGACGUGACGUCGCGGCGGAGGACGGGCAGGCGGCGACGAGGCGUCGCGGCGGCGGGAAUGCGCAGGCGGCGCCGAAGCAGGCGCGGCGGCAGGAACGCGGCGACGAGACGUCGCGGCGGAGGGACGGGCAUGGCGGCGACGAGGCGGCGCCGAAGCAGGCGCGGCGGCGGGGGAACGCGGCGACGAGACGUCGCGGCGGAGGAGACGGGCAAGGCGGCGACGAGGCCGUCGCGGCGGCAGGAUGCGCAGGCGGCGCCGUAGCAGGCGCUGCGGCGGGAACGCGGCGACGUGACGUCGCGGCGGAGGGACGGGCAGCGGGCAGGCGGCGACGAGGCGUCGCGGCGGCAGGAUGCGCAGGCGGCGCCGAAUCAGGCGCGGGGCGGCGAGAAGGGGAGGCGGCGACAGGGGGUCGCGGCUGGGGGGCGGGGGAGAGGGACAGCGGCGUUUGCGCUCGCGGCGGCGGUGGAAUCCGCAGGCGAGGAAGGCGUAAUCGCGGCGGGGAGGGGGGGGGGAACGGCGGCGACGGCGUAGGAAACCAGCUCUAUGGCUCCAUACCAGAAGAUCUCACAGCCAUUCCAUCCCUUUACACGCUAGACGUGGCACGCAAUUACCUCACGGGGCCCAUUCUGAAUCCUGCCAGCAUGCCAGAGUAUGCCUACUAUGACUACAGCAGCAACUACCUCUCGGGAGGCCUGCAAGAAUCCGACUGCUCGCUGGACUCCAUGCGCUCGCUCCGAAACGGUGACGUGGUGGAGCCGACUGUUCUCACCAAGGGCACAGCAGCAGAGACAGGCAGUGUAUUCACUGCCGACCCUCUCGUGCUCUUCUCGUACGAUUCUGUCAAGGAGGGCUGUGGCACCCAGCUGCAGUUCCAAGCCAACUUCACCUUCUUCAUGUUCCCCACUGCUGCUGCUGCUUCUGCGAGCAACCCCGAUCGCCAGGGGGCCAACGGGCUGGCGUUUGUGAUUUCCGCGACGAACGCAGCAGGAUCUGGCGGGGAGGGGGGAGGGGUGGGGUACGCUGGCAUGGACGCUCGGAGCAUAGCCGUAGAGUUUGACACGUUCACAGAUGCAGCGCAUGGGGACAUGCCCGGCCACCACGUGGGGCUCAACAUUGGCGGCAGCGCCACUUCCGUCAAGGCCGUCCGUGCUCCCUUCCCACUCAACGGCCGCAAUGCGUACACAGCAUGGAUUGACUACAAACCGGGAAGCCCAGGAACUCUGAGGGUGUAUCUCGCUCGGGAUGAUAUCAAACCUGGCGUGCCUCUACUGGAGAGCCCUCUGUCGCUGUGUGACGUGCUGCAGCCAACUGCUGCUGAACCGUCCUUCUACUUUGGGUUUGUGGCGUCUACCGUGGCCCCUUACCUUCAACAGCACGCCAUCCUGGUGUCUCUCAUUCGAACAG